AACUGUUCCUGCUAGUGACGUUAGCCAGAGUGACGUUAGCCAGAGCUACGUUGGUGUCAUCGUCCUGUCGGUGUUGAGGCUUAACAACAUAAACAAAAAUCUUGAUCUCGUUCCCAGCCACGAACAAAUAUUCCCACUGGAGUCUCUAAAGAGAUGAACAACACCGGGAACAAGAGAGCUCCAACGACAGCCACUCAGCGACUUAAGCAGGAUUACCUCAGGAUAAAGAAAGACCCAGUGCCUUACAUCUGUGCAGAGCCUCUCCCCUCCAACAUCUUAGAAUGGCACUAUGUAGUCCGAGGUCCUGAGAAAACCCCAUAUGAAGGAGGAUAUUACCACGGAAAGCUCAUAUUUCCUCGGGAGUUUCCCUUUAAACCUCCUAGUAUUUAUAUGAUAACACCAAACGGAAGGUUCAAGUGUAACACAAGGUUAUGUUUGUCCAUCACAGACUUCCAUCCAGAUACGUGGAACCCAGCGUGGUCCGUCAGCACCAUCCUUACAGGUCUGCUCAGCUUCAUGGUGGAGAAAGGACCAACACUGGGCAGCAUUGAGACGUCAGACUACACGAAAAGACAGCUGUCAGCCCAAAGCCUGGCGUUUAACCUCAAAGACAAAGUGUUCUGCGAGCUCUUCCCUGAUGUAGUAGAAGAAAUGAAGCAGAAACAGAAGGUCCAAGAAGAGUUGAGCGCCCGCACACAGCCCCUCCCCUUACCGGAUGUGGUGCCUGAUGGAGACCCUCAACAAGCCCAUUACGGCCUCCCAGUCCUCAAUGGAGGACCGGUCCCUGCAGGGGGCGCCAACCCGGCCCCAGGCCUGCAGCAGGGCAAUCGCAACCAUGGACUUCUGGGAGGAGCUUUGGCCAACCUGUUUGUGAUCGUAGGCUUUGCUGCGUUCGCCUACACAGUGAAGUACGUUCUGAGGAGCAUAGCUCAGGAGUGAGAGGAGGCGCUCUGCUUCCUCCAAAAGACUCAGACUUUACACCGUGGACACCUGGAGGAGGGACGCUCAGUCCGCGGUUAGAUCCCUCCACAGCUACUUCUGCCACCGUGGACCUCAGCAGAAAGAAACUCGAAGCUCCCGUCCUGCGGCUGGACUGAGAGCAGGAGUUUGGGAGCGGUUUUUAUAUAAAAAAAAAAAAAGGUUCUGAUCCACUUUGUGUUUCAGUGGUUUAUAAACCUCCUGGGAACAACCUUGGCUCAUGGGUUAUAAAGAAGUGCAGACAAAGAUCUUUUUUGCCCACUAGCUUUUAAAUAAGAAAACUGAGCUCCUGUCCUAAUGAAUUGAUAGAAGAAGUCUGUUAUUGAAAUCCUAUAUAAAACCUGUAAUUCAUCUUUAAUUCCCAUACCCGUCCUCCAUGUUCCACAGAAAAUGAGUUGGCUCUGUCUUACAUGUAAUUCCAGCUCAGUGCCCCACAGGGUAUCAUUUAAAGUUGGCUCUGAACUGCUUUCUCAUACCUCAAUCAGGUUUUCUUUGCUUUCCUUGCCAAGAUUCAUUUCACGUCAUCGCAUCCAACCUGCCAGCUCGCCUCUUAAGGAGGAGGAGCUACAAAUGACUUUGGCCUACUUUUCCAACAGCUUAUGUAAUUCAGAAAAAUUGCAAAUAUUUUGAUUAUUACAUCCUUAUAUUUGCUUUUUGUCAUCCAAAUUAGUGAAAUAUUAGCGAUUUCCAAAUAUUCAAAAAGAUAAAUUAGAAGUUACACAGUAAUGAGUCUUUCCAGAGAAAUUUAUUCAAAGCAUCACAAAUAUUGAAACAAACUGGGUUAAGAUAGAACCUGUUACAUCACAUCUGCUUUGUCUAAUUCAUGAUUUAUUUCUUAGAAGUGGGACACUUAUCAUUGGCCUCAGCUAAUGUGUAAAUAAAUCUGCAUUGUUCUAUUUACUGAACAAACCACUAAGUGCAUUGGGUCUGAUGAAAGAUCGUUUAAAUUCCAGUUAUGAGUCCUGCUUUCAGCCCAUGAGCCAAGUCAAAUGUGCACAUUGGAAACUUUUUAUAAAUCCAUCUAGGUCCAAAUAAGGAACCAAUAUUUUUAUUUCUGUUAAUCAAAACUCUUUUUUGGAGUAUAUCUCCUUUUUUUUGUCUUAUUUAUAGAACUGCCAGCUGAUUGCAUUUGCAAAACACUCAGUACAAACAUGCAAAGGCCCUGGCUUUCAUUAUUAGCUGAUGAUUAACUCUUGAAUUUCAAAUAAACGGUUCUUCUCUGUAUUUGAUGUUUCAGCAGAAAUCUGAUGAUUCUCUUCUUUUUCCUCCACAAAGAAAGAAAAGUCAAACUGAUAGUGGGAGUGCUUCAGUUAACCUGUGACCUUGUAUGGUUUCAUAGUAAAUUCAUACCCUGCUCUGAGAGGCGGUCAAUAAAUCUCCCUUCCAAUCUGCUUCUGUCACAGAUUGUCUAUCAGCGUUUAGCAAAUAGCUGUAGCCCAAAACAAUAAAAAGGCUGCUGCUUUCAUUUUUUUUUCUAUAAAUAAAAAUGGUUCAUAACCCCAUAAA